GGGAAAAUUCCAAGACACAACAUGAACCCUGCUUGUUACUAGACACCAGAGCAGCAGCAUUGAGAUUGAAAGGCGGAACUCGUUGUCAAGCUACUUUGUUUCCUGGGGAGAGCUGAGCUUGGGAAACAUCGCCAUGGGAAAACGUUGCCAUGGAGAGAGUGAAUAAAGGAAAGCUGCUUUUGGGCAGGAACUAGAAUGUUCGAUUGGAAAACCCUCACCCAUCGCUUUACGGAUUUCCUUCCAUUUUUGGAUUCAAAAGAAGGAAAACCAAAAAAAAGAACAUUUCAUUGCCGUAAUGUAAAUCGAUAACAACUAGUAGCGCAUGAAUGGACUGAGGCCACACCCUAAUGACUUUAGUGGGGAAGCCUCUUCAGUUUUCCAUAUCCAGCCAUGAGCGACGGGCGAGUACCUUUGGCUGAGAAGGCCAUGUCUGAAGGAUACGCUCGCCUGAGAUACAGGGAUACUUCGCUACUCAUUUGGCAACAGCAGCAACAGAAACUGGAGACGGCCACCCCCGGGACUUACCUCAGCCGCAGUCAGAGCAUGUGGUACUCGCAGUAUGGCAAUCAGUCCAUAUUGGUACGUGACAAGAACACCCUCAGGAUUUCAAGAGACACCGGCCAAUCAAAAUUCUGUGUAGUGAUGUGACCAUGUAUUUUGCACACGUUAAUAGCACUUUAUACCGUAUAUUUUGCUUAGUGUCAAACAGUACCGCUAUUUUUUUCAGUAUGAAUUUAGUAUUUAUUUAAAUUCUCUCCCAAAAAAAAUAAUUUGGGAAUUAAUCAUUUGAAAUAAUAUUUGCAUCAGCUACACUUUUAUAAAAUGGACCUCAACGGAUUUGUGAAAUCAGAUUUUGGAGCAGAUUUAUGAAAGGUUUGGGUGAAAUUCAUUUUAUUUAUUUUUUUACUUCAGGGCAUAUUUAUAAUAAGUGUAAAAAAAUGUCUAUUUUUUAUAUUUUAUCACCAGUAAAUACACUUGAAAUGUCAGGAUAUUCAUCAGCUUUCCCUGGUAUUUUUUUUUUUGCAGUUGCAGGACUUUCCUAUAGACAAGAAUUGCGAAAAUUUGAAAACCUUUUUCACACAUUUUUGCUUAGUUUGGAGCAGAUUUUUGAAAGGUUUUGCUCUAUGGGUUUCAACUUCUCAAAACAGAAGAACAAGUUCUGAAAGAAAAGAGGACAUUUUUUUUUUUUUUUUAAAUCUAAUUUCACAGAAAUGGAACCUGCAACCCAAUAAUGUUUUUCACCCAGGCAAAACAUACUAGGAAAGCAUCAAAGUCAAAGUUGGAAACAAAUUCUUUUUUAUGUUAUAACCGGUGGAAAUGCUUGAAUUAUCUGGAACUUCUCAAUUAAUAAUGUCUUCCUCGUAAUAUUUAUCCAGGAGUAUUAAAUGCUUAUUGAGUUGCAUUUGCUUUGCACUACAUUGUAGUGUUUUUGGAGGAGACGUUUGGCUACCACCGGCUUAUUGCAAUGGUUUGAUAAAUGAUCAAGAUGGGGGGGGAAAAAAAAAAGAUUAGUAAAUGAGAAAAAGGAAUAAAACAUUGCAAUUGAUUUUAAUGAGAAAACAACUAAAUUUGCCUCUCUGGGAAAGACCUGUAAUUAAAAAAAAUUGCCUGUUUUAACCUAGUUAAAUCCUAAGAAAGAAUGAUUACAAGGAUUUUUGUUUCCCAAACUUUCAUAAAUCUGCCCCAGAUACUUAUACACAAAUCCUUUUACUUUAAGAGGCUGAUUCACUAUGGGUCGAAUAUCGAGGGUUAAUUAACCCUCGAUAUUCGACUAGGAAUUAAAAUCCUUCGACU